UAGAGACUACAAUUCAGCAGAACGAGCGCUCACUACCUGGCGAUACGAUUUUCUUGCUACUGGCUAGAUUCGAUUUCUGAACAAUGGCAGGAGUACGCCGUAGCCAUGCUUUAGGGCUGGCCGUGGGCAUCAUUCUCCUCUACCUACUUUUCUUCUCUGGCGAUUCAACCGACUUUCGCAAAACCACCGAAGAAUCCUUAUCGGCGCGGCGUGGGGUUCUUAGAGGGUCGCUUUCCGACGCAGAUCUGACUGCGCAAACGAACCAAGAACUGCAAUCCAUACUCGACAAACAGAAGGAACCAUUCGACGCUACACCGGUGCAAGAUGCGGAUCAGAAGAGUAAGCCAGACGCAGCAAGCGAUGCCUCCGAAGAGGAAGAGUCCAGUGUCGCCGGAAGAAUAUCAGUGUCCAGACCGAAAGAGAAGCCCAAAUAUCCUAUGGAGAGCGCUGCAGCAGGCGGGUCAGGCAAGAAGGCAGAGCCCGCAACGAAGCCUGAGACCGCGGUAGACGAAGGCGAGGAGAUGGCGAGACAAGAAUUUCACGACAUCCUGAAGAAGAGUCCCAUCAUCAUCUUCUCAAAAUCCUACUGUCCCUACUCCAAACGUGCUAAGGCACUGCUCCUUGAAACCUAUACCAUUUCUCCUGCUCCAUACGUCGUUGAGCUCGAUCAUCUGACGAAGCCUGUGCCAAAACCACAUGAUGAUGACAAUGAUGAGGCUGCACCAGCACCGACACUUGGACGCAAACUUCAAGACCUCCUUAUCACGUUGACUGGGCGUAGGACGGUGCCGAAUGUCAUGAUCAAUGCCCAAAGCUUGGGUGGAAGCGAUGACCUCGCCCACAUGGACGCUGAAGGGACCUUGGAAGAGCAGAUCAAGAAGAUGGGUGGAAAAAGGAUCGUCAGCAUCGAGAAGAAGUCGCAUAACAAAGUAUGAGGGGUCACGGGUGGAGUUCUAACAUUCCUCACUGGCUGGAUGAACAGCUUUCUACCUGCGAUAUGCUUCGAGUCGCCGCCAUGGCAUGGCCCUGGGCAACGGGUGCUCCAUUUCGACCGCGACCCAGUGUCCCAGGAGCGGCAAGGUAUGGUGGGCGAAUAAUUCAUUGGCAGGAGCAGGACACGAUGGUCCCCUGGCAA